AUGACGUCCAUCUGUAACAAAGAAAGUGUUAAUUGCAUCAUUCAACCUUGCCAUUCAGGAAACUUAUCGUUUAAUCUGAAAGCUAUUGUUACAUCUUCAAUAUGUUCCGCUCAACCUUCAUUAUCUUCUAUUAUACAAUCCUACGAUUAUCUUAAAUGCCUCCAAUUCCAUCCCGAACAUCAUUCUCCUUCCGAAGAAGUGGAUAUAUUAUUGGGAGCAGAAUUGGUACAUCAAUUGUUUACUGGUGGUCGUGUCUGUGGUGGUCAGGACGAUCCUGUGGCUGUGUAUUCAGUGUUCGGGUGGAUAGUGAUGGGAAAAUCCAAAUUAUUACCAUCCACGUCUUUAUCAACAUCUAUCUUAACAAUUGAUGACUCAUUACAUUUAUCAAUGCAACGCUUUUGGGAAUUGGAAUCUACUUCUGAAAUCAAGAUGAUGUCAAUUGAAGAGGCAAAAUGUGAAACUCAUUACAAAAAUAAUUAUCGUCGUGAUAUUAAUGGCAGAUUUAUUGUAUCAUUCCCGUUUAGAACCAAAGAACCUAUUCUUGGAAAUUCAUAUGAUAUUGCUCUGAAACGAUUUAAAUUAUUGGAGAAACGUUUGUUGAGAGAUGAUAUACUUCACAAGAAAUACGUCGAAUUCAUGAGGGAUCAUUUGCAUUCAUUAACGUAA